UCUCUCUCUCUCUCUCUCUCUCUCUCUCUCAUGGCUUCUCUAGCAUUCUCCACCACCGGAACUAGAAUUUCGCCACCAUACACGGCGGUUUCUGACAAGUUCAUGCAUGUUAGAGAUGGGUCUUUCUGUGGGAAAUCCGUUUUCUCUAAGAAACACAGCACUAGGGACUUAACAAUCACCAAUGUCGCCAGCAAAUUGCCUGCAACUAUUCCACCGCCGGAGAAGAAAAUUUCCACCAGUGACCGGAAGCUUGUGGCAUGGACAAGCAUCCGGCAGGAGAGGUGGGAAGGAGAGCUCGUGGUCGAAGGCGAGAUUCCACUCUGGCUGAAAGGGACGUACCUAAGAAAUGGCCCGGGCCUAUGGCACAUAGGGGAUUACAAUUUCCGCCACCUCUUCGACGGCUACGCCACCCUCGUCCGCCUUCACUUCGAGAAUGGCCGCCUAAUAAUGGGUCACCGUCAAAUUGAAUCUGAGGCCUACAAGGCGGCGAAAAAACAUAACAGACUUUGUUACCGUGAAUUUUCCGAGGCCCCUAAGCCCGACAACUUCCUAGCCUACAUCGGCGACUUAGCAAACCUUUUUUCCGGUGCAUCAUUAACUGAUAAUGCCAACACCGGUGUUGUUAGGCUAGGCGAUGGCCGCGUGGUUUGCCUCACCGAGACAAUUAAGGGGUCGAUAGUGGUUGACCCCGACACAUUGGACACAUUGGGGAAAUUUGAGUAUAGUGACACAUUAGGGGGAUUAAUACACUCGGCUCAUCCGAUAGUGACCGAUACAGAGUUUUUGACGCUGUUGCCGGAUUUGGUGAGCCCCGGGUACUUGGUGGUGAGGAUGGAGCCGGGGACGAACAAGAGAAAGGUGAUCGGGCGGGUGAAUUGUCGGGGUGGUCCGGCACCAGGUUACUGGGUGCACUCUUACCCUGUGACUGAACACUAUGUGGUUGUGCCUGAAAUGCCAUUGAGGUAUUGUGCCCAAAAUUUACUAAAGGCCGAGCCCACACCACUUUACAAGUUUGAGUGGCACCCUGACUCCAAAGGGUUCAUGCAUAUUAUGUGCAAAGCUAGUGGCAAGAUUGUGGCGAGCGUGGAAGUACCACUGUACGUGACGUUCCACUUUAUAAAUGCAUAUGAAGAGAAAGACGAAGAUGGGAGAGUAACGGCUGUCAUCGCCGACUGUUGCGAGCACCACGCCGACACCACCAUCCUUGAGAAACUCCGCCUCCAGAACCUCCGAUCCUCUGCCGGCAAAGACGUCUUGCCUGAUGCUAGGGUUGGUCGAUUCAGAAUACCCUUGGAUGGGACUCCAACUGGGAAGUUAGAAAUGAAAUUUACUGCAGCAUUAAACCCAGAUGAACAUGGAAAGGGCAUGGACAUGUGCAGCAUCAACCCUGCCUUCUUGGGCAAGAAAUACAGAUAUGCUUAUGCUUGUGGUGCCCAACGCCCUUGCAACUUCCCCAACACCCUCACCAAGAUUGACUUAUUUGAGAAGGUGGCAAAGAAUUGGUUCGAUGAGGGUUCCGUGCCCUCAGAACCGUUAUUUGUGCCGCGUCCUGGUGCUACAGAGGAAGAUGAUGGAGUGGUGAUCUCCAUGAUUAGCGACAAAAAUGGGGAGGGAUAUGCGUUGGUACUAGACGGAUCGACAUUUGAAGAAAUUGCCAGGGCAAAGUUCCCUUAUGGUCUUCCAUAUGGACUCCAUGGAUGCUGGGUUCCAAAGAAGUAGAAUGGCAUACAUCGUGUAGUUCAAAAAAAAGAAAAAAGGGAGAAAAAAAAAGACAUACAUCAUGAAGAAAAGCUUGGAGGAUUAUAUAUAUACCUUCAUCACAACAGCACAUGAGUGUCAUAGGUGGUGUUACAGAAUUAUAGUUUAAUAGAUGUGUUUGUUUUUUGUGAUCAUUUGUCGACAAUGAUGUUAGAUGAUCAAAUUUGGAUAUCAAUUUUGAUAUAAUCGAUGCAUGUACCGAUGUUAUCAAUGACAUAUCUCGGAUUGUAUUCAAAUUUUAGGAUCCAAAUUUAGUCAACUAACAUUACUGCAUUUGUGUGGGGAGUAAAAAAAAAAAGAGCAGCAUUACUGCAUUUGUAUGAUAUGUUUAGGAAUGAGUGG